AGCGACUCAAAGCUGAUCUACGCGAUGGCGACACGGCCAGCCUGAUGGAGUACGAGGGCCCACUGAUACUUCAGAUCAAACACGUCCAUCCACCUUCUUCCGUUGUCCAGGGAGGAACAUCACGGGGAUUAAAGCAUCUUCUCACGGACGUGUUCCUGCCGGCAGGAUAUCCGAGCAGCGUCUCUCCUGACUAUCUCCGAUAUCAAACCUACAACGCCUUCCAGGCGUUUUGCAGCUCGCUAGCGAACCUGAUCGCUUCGAGAGCCGUGUUGGAAGGUUUCGGAGUCGGCAACGCCUCUGCGUCGGCCACGCACGCCAUGCUUCUCACGGUCCUCCAGGACGUCUUCGGUCGGCUCACGACCGUCGCCGGCGGAUACUACCUCGGCACCGCGCUCUCGCCGGAGGCCAAAACGUACCGGCUCCUGGCCGACGUCUUCAACGACGCCUCCAUCGUCCUCGACGUCUUCCAGCCGUUCUACGCCUCGGUCCCCGUCGCUGGCGCCCGCGUGCUCGCGCUGUGCUCGAGCGGGUGCUUGAGGGCGCUGUGCGGGGUGUGCGCGGGAGGAUCGAAGGCGGCGCUGGCGGUGCAUUUCGCCAGCGCGGGCGACCUGGGCGAUCUCAACGCGAAAGACGGCAGUCGCGAGACCGUGAUCGGGCUCGUCGGGCUCUUGAGCGGAACGAUACUACUCUCGUACAUCGGGACGCCGGGCGCGACGUACGCGGCGCUGUGCGCGCUGCUCGGCGCGCAUCUCGCGCUCAAUUAUCUCGCCGUCAGGGCGGUCGCGAUGCGCACGCUCACGCGCCAAAGGGCUAGCAUCGCGUGGCGCGUCUGGAUGGAGAGAGGGGCGGGUGCUGCGCCGACCCCUGAAGAGGUCGCCGAGCGCGAAGGGCUCCUCGCGGACCCGACUUUGAUCGCAGACGGCACCGGGCGGCGGCUGGGACGGUGCUCGUUUGGCGGCGCUCGUUCGCAGGGGUUCAUCGCGACGACGGGGAAGGACAGCGCUAUGGUGUCGACGUCGCGACUGAUCGAGGCAGCAAGAUACUGGCUUCUAAUCGACUCCAAGCCAGGCUCCAUACCGACUGCCACCAUCCUUCUCAAGCGGGUAUACGGUCCAGAGGAUCUGCUCAAGGCUUGGGUGCACGCCUUACGAGCCGUUCAAGACCGACGGGCGGAGUCUUCCCUGCAGUCCGGCGCACGGGGACCGCAGACGUUCAACCAUGGCCACGGGCCUGACUCGGCCGGGCAUACAGAUCACGAUGAAGGAAACGACUCUGAGCGGUUGUUUGAACGAUUCGCGGCCCGGAUGCGAGACGCAGGGUGGAGAGUGGAUGAUGGCUUGUUGUUGCCUGGAACGCCGGACGCGGUGGAUCUGGAGGUUGUGAGCGAGGUGCUUGGAGCGAACGCUGCGGAGGCCAAAAAGACGACCUAAAGCGCUUGGGCUACGCAGUUAGCUGUGUAUCCUGUGUAUGUUAGGCUGUGUCCGAUGACUUAGGG